AUGAGACUUAUUAGUCUUUUAUUUUUUUUAAUUUUCACUUCGAUAUUAUGGAGUUUAAUUAAUUCUGUUAAAAAUAAUAAAAAUCAAAACGAGUUAAAUGAAGGGAUUGACCAUGCAACGGUUAAUCCUCAAAUUUAUUAUAAUGCAACAUUAAACCCAACACCUAAAAUUACAAAAAAGAACAAAAAUGAAAUUGAUGAUGAAGAAAAAAGGUUAAAGAGGAAUGAAUAUUUGAAAGAUUACUACCAGAAACACAAAAAUAUAAAGCAAAAGCAAGAACAAAAUCGAAUUUAUUAUCAAAAGAAUAAAGAAAAAAUAAAAGAAAGGAUGAGUUCUGCAGAAUUUUUAGAAAAUAGAAAAAAAUAUGAUCAAAAAUACUACAAUAUUAAUAAAGAAAAGAGGAAAGAGGGUAUGAGAAAAUACCAACAAAGAAAGAAAAAUGAAAAAGAAAUUCUGAAAAAUAAGAGUUUAAACAUUAAAAACGUUCAAUCUAACAAUGAUGAAGGAACUUCAUUUGUUAAUCUACCGAACAACGAUUUGGAAAUAAAGGUAAAUUGCCAGUUGUUAGUGAAGAAAACUUUCAGAUAG